AUGAACUACUCACGUUGGGACCACAUCGACGACAGCAGCAGCAGCGAGGACGACGACAACGAAGUUUCAAUCGGGGCAUGGAUAAGGAGCACAAAUCAAAUGCAGUCGCGUCCAGCCCGGCGUCAAAACAGUUGGGGGGACCUUCUGGACAACGCCACGAUCCGUCGCAAGCAUAUGGAUUUGCUGCUUACGUUGCAAGACACACGGCUCCACGUGAAGACCGCUGGGUUUGAUGCGGUGUCGUCUGGCUUUGUGUCUACCGCACCGGUCACAUCCUUGGCGAAAGUGGACUCGAUCACAACGUUGCGACAUGGUGUAAUCAAUCGUGGCACUAUCUUGUGGUGCAAGGUGGCGGCGCCUGUGAUGCGGAUUGUGGGCGUGCUAGUACUUGUUGACGAUGGAUCUGGCCAAUUGUUUCAAAUUGGCUUGUACAACUUUGUCGACAGCCAAGCGUCGACAUUGGAUUGCCAGCGCUUACUGCUGGAGGGGACACUGCUGGGGGUGAAGGAGCCCUACGUCAAGACAUUUGCGAGUGGAUUCAUGGGCUUGAGGACUGAUCAUCCAUCCAACAUUGUGGUGAAGCGACCAAACGAGCAGAUGCAUGCAACCGUGCCCCCAACAGCAGCAUCAUCGAUUGAAGGAUUAAAAGCCCAAGGCAAUGCGCACUUUCAAGCAGGUGAUAUCAUAGCUGCCGAAUCGUGUUACUCGGCAGCGUUAAAGCAAACCACCGAGGCAGCAUCCCCUGACAUGACUGUGGCAUUACUGAACAACCGCGCCAUGUGCUCGCUCAAACGCUGCGCGUUCGUCGAAGCACUAGAAGAUGCCACCAAAGCUCUGUCCCUCGUGCCCACGAAUGCGAAGAGUCUGUUUCGUCUGGCGUUGGCCCUCACCGGGUUGCGUCGACACGAAGAAAGUCAUGCGAUUUUGAUGUUGCUGCCUCGGUCGAAAGACGUCAUGACGUGGCGGGACGUGGUGGCUCGUCGGGUGGCUGAGAGCAUCCAUGGUCACUUUAAGCCCAUCGACGUGAUGGGCGGGACAAUUGUUGAAGACUACAUUGGUCCUGUGGAAGUAAAGAUGACGCGAGGCAAGGGGCGUGGGUUGUUCUUGACACAACCUGUUCGCAGGGGCGACUUGUUGUUGGUUGAGAAGGCGUACGCGACGUCGCUGGCGAUUUUGAACGAAAGAAGGAGGUGA